AUGCUACAGGAUGCUAAAUCAGGCACAUGUAAUCCUGUUUUUGCUAAAAAAUUAAGAUGUCAAAUAGAAAAAUUCAUUGAAGUAGUGCGUGCUAGAAAUGAGGUUUUGAAUGAGAAAAAAGGUAAUACAUUUGAAAGAAAAAACCUAAAAGAAAUAAAAUUGUCUCGGAUAAUAAAUAUUCUUGAUAAAAUUGGACCUAAAACCGAUUAUGAUGUUGUUACAUCAGAAUAUUUUUGUAUUAAAAAUAAAUUUCCUUUAUUGGAAGAAGAAAUCACUACAUCCAUUUGUUCAUUAUGCUUUUGGGCAGUAACUAAUCUUCGGUCAGGAGAUUAUAGAAUAUAUUCUGUUUGUCAAAUACUUGAUAUUUGGAAGAAAAUUGCUUACAAUGACAAUGAAAAGAUUGAAAAACAAACUUGUAUACAAAAUUCAUUAAUGAAGUUUUUGAAUGAAUAUCAGAUUGGAAAAAAUGGAUUAGAUGAACUUGAUGUCAUCUCACGUCUUUUUGGAGAACUUAUUCGAUAUGAACUUUUCUCACAUCACAAAUAUAUGUUACGUUUAAUAGCAAAUGGUUACAUACAUUCAGAUAGCAUAGACUAUAAGAACAUAACCCACUUAAAAUAUUUGACAUGGUUUCCAUUACUUAACAAUGAUUAUAAUCAAUUAAAUCAACGUCGAAUUAUUUUAUAUGGUGUACGUGGAAAAGAUAUUCAAGAUAAAAAAGAUUUUGAAAUGCUUGCAUCAAAAAUCAAAGAAAAAUUGUCAACAAUGUUUUCUGAAAAAGCUAAAGAGUUGGAUACUCCAGGUAUUGAUGAUCCAUUUAAAGAUUAUUUCGACUUUUCACUUAAUUUUGAUGAUGAGACGAUUAAUCUUUUCAAGAGUGUAACCAAGUUUACACAGGUCCGUCUGACACGUUUUUGGCUUUGGCCUGCAAUUAAGCAAUUUGUACAAAAUGCACCGAUUGAUAUGCAUAAUUGGAAAACUUCAACACAGCCUGGCUCUUCACUAUUAAAUGCUCGUCAAUUUGCUACAAUUAUUCAAGUUUUUGAUUUGACAAAAGAUUAUUAUACUUUAUUUGAGGUAAUAUUAUGGGUUUUGAACAAUACUUUAGAGAAAAAUAUAUUUCCACUGAUUAUAAACACAAUAAAAAAUUAUGAAUUGGUAUGGAGGGCAAUGGGAAAAUAUAAUCAAAUUCUUGAUGCAGUUUUGGAAAAGUUGGAACAAGAUCUUCAGUUGGCAAUAAAACCCCAACUAUCAAUUGCAAUAUCAAAACAAAGAUCACGCUUAAGUUCAGAAAUUGAACAAUUGAUGUACCCUAUACCUCCCAAUGUUCAAAACGAUUCACGGAUAUUCCCAUCAGAUGAUGAAUAUUUGGUUACAAUGCUUUAUUUAUGCACCGACUUCAUCGAUAAAUACUCACAAGAUUAUGAUCAUGUAGAGUUAAGAAGAAUACUGGAAAUAUUUGGGGAUUUAUUGAGAGAGAUAGGAGAUAGAACUAUAAGUGGUUUUGAUGAUGCCUUUAAAAAAUGGACCGAUGUGCAUUGUAGUGAUGAUGAUAAUCUUUUAAAGCAAGAUAAAGGCACAUGGUUUUUAAUAUUUUUUGUGGUAUUGGUUAGUCGAAAUCUGGUGAAAAUUGAGACGAUCAUCACAUAUCUUUGCAAUACUAAUCUUGCACGGCUUGUGAACAAAUUAUUCUCUAGCAAACCAUUAGAUUCAAGGGAAUUGAUCAACUGUAAGAAUUUAAUUAUUCUUACAAGAUUGUUACUUUUGAUAAAAGAUCAAAAUAAUAGGUCGCCAGAAAUGCAAUUAUUUACACAUGCAAAAAAUCUUAAGGAAAUUUAUUCCAUGUUUCAUAGAUUUGCAAUAAUCGAAUAUUCACUAGAUCCGGAGAAUGAUUGCAGUAUUAAAGAUCAACUUCGAUGUUUAAGAAGAGAUUUUUCCAAGGUUUUCUGGUUCAAACAUUUAUGUACAGUUAAUCCAGAAAGUGUAUAUGAACGAUUUGUAAUGGGAUCCAAGAAAAUCAAAAGUGCCAAGGAACUUGGAAAACGUUUAAUAGAGGUUCUUAAGAUGGCACUACAAGAUGAAACUAACACAAUAAGUGAUCCUUUUGAAUACGUACAAAAAAUAUUUUCAAAAGCCAAUCUUUGGAAUCUAAGCAAGACACGAGUAGAAUUUUUGUUAUAUGUAAACCAUAUUCAAUUAAUGGAAGCAUCAACUUGUCGAUUGCCUCCUCCUAUAUUUAAUGAAUCUGAUACUGAGCAUAGUAUAUUUCUUAAUGAUAGUGGUGGUAGUAUCAAUAGUUAUGGUGAUAAAACAGCUGAUCAAAAUAACGAAAUGGCUUUGAAAAUUUUGAAAGGCCAUAUAGUGAAGUAUUUUUGGGAAGAGAUAGUUUUAAAAUCCAAAUUAGAUUGUAAUGAUUGUAAUUCAUUAAGUUUUAUUGUUAAAGGAAUUCGAAAUAAUAUUGCAAGUGAAUUAAUGGAGUAUGGAAACAUUAUAUUGAAAAAGUGUAAACAGCUAGUUCCUGAUAUCGAAGAAUUAUUUAGAUCAUUAUUGCUUUCGAUUGAUGAUGAUGAAAAAAUGAAAUUUUGUGAUUCUUUGCUCACACAAGUGACAGCAAUUAAAAAUGAAAAAAACGAUGAAGAUUUUUUAGCCUGUUUGAUGCCACGUAUAAAAUUAUUUGUUUUAGUUAUACACAUCUUAACAGCUCGUGUAGCGGCAACAUCGACUCAGGAGGCUUGUCAAAAAAUGAAAGAAUACAAAUUAAUAGAAAAAUGGACUAUAUUACUAUUAAGCUUGUUAUGUGACGAUAGAGUACAUCGUAAUGGUGGCGGCGCAAAGAAUUUUGAAUCAAUAUUGGAUGUUGUUUCAUUUUUGUUAGACGAAAUGGGUAAAAAUGCAAGGUUAUUGAUUGUUGCUGAAUUAAGGGCAAGUUUUAUUAGAACACAUAUACACACAUUUCAAAUACCAAUAACAUGGGGUGAUAGGAUAAAACGAGUAUUACCAUUGCCUGCGACUCAAAAAACCGUGGGUAGUGGUAAAAGAAAAUUUACAAUAAGUGAUUGUCGGAAUUUAUACGAAAGAGUUGAUGACGAUUCUGGUAUAAACAAUUCUUAUAUUGAUCUUAAAAUUUACGGAGCAAAAAUAUAUAAAAGGCCAAGAAUUCGAUUUGAAAAGGAAGAAGAAUUAGGAAAUGAUGAUUUAGUAAAAUUUAAAAAUCCUAGAUUUACAUUGCCAGAACGUCCUUUUUUGGCACAAUCCCCUCCAUUUGUUGUAAAACUAGUUGUUCGAGGAAACAAUGCUAACGACACGUCUUAUAUUCCCAUGAAAACUACAAAUAAGAAAAUGACAAAAAUUCCAGAACAAAAAAAACCAAAAAAGAUAGGUUCUAUUAAACUAUUACAUAAAUGUUGGAAAAGGAUCGAUGAUAAAUGUACUCUUGUAAAAAGAUCAAACAAUGAAUUACCAUGUGUUGCGAUACAUGAAAAUUAUUUUGGUAAAUUUCCAAAUACAAUAUCAGAAUUGAGAGAUUUAUAUAAUAAAGGUAUAGCUUACAUAACUGAUCCUUUUGCUGGCCACGGUCCAACUGGUACACAAAUUCUAUUAUCACAUCAAUUAUACAAUUCAAACCCUUUCUAUGAAAUAUGUUAUGAAUCACAAUGGGAACCUUACUACAUUAUAUCAAAAUCAUCGCCAUACUAUGAUGAACGAUUUGAGAAUCAAGGCGGUGACAAACAACAACAUGCAUUAUCAUUGAACGCAUUAGGUUACAGAUUUUUGGUUUUGAAAGAUCAUUUUAUUUAUCAUAUGGAUCAUAGGAAAUUGGUUUGGGCUGAUGGUGGCCUAGAGAAAAAUCAGAAACUUCUAAAAGAUUUCACUUAUUUUGAUCAUUAUAUACCAGAGAUGCAGCGUAUUUUUGGUAAUAAUGUUAGAUGGCCAAGAGGUUGCUCUCAUCCUUUUGUAAAAGAACAAUUUAGAGAUUUAAUGGGAAUUGGAUUAAAUUAA